AGGGCCGCUUUCAACAAUUUUUCAAAGCGGCAGCAGCAACAGCAGCAGCAGCGCGAUUUGGCUGUGUAAUAAUCGCGGAGCUGGCAGCGCUGCUGGGGCCGGACAGGUGCGGGCAUCUGCGGGCAUGGACGAGGCCGAAGAGGUGCCCGAGUAUUACCGGGAAGACGACGAGGACGAGGGGGGAGAAGAAGAAGAUGGAGGAGGCAAAGAGUUUUAUGAAUUCCAGCCUCUCCCCACACUGCUGGAGGAUGAGGAAAACGUGUCCUUGGCAGAUAUUCUGUCACUACGAGAUAACAGUCUCACGGAGCAGGAUAUUUGGGCAAUCUGCCUGGAAUGCUGCUAUUCCAUGAAGGACAUCUCUCAUGCAGCCAUCUUCCAGACGCUGUGCAUUACUCCAGACACACUGGCAUUUAACACCAGCGGCAACGUCUGCUUCAUGGAGCAGCUUAGUGAUGAUCCUGAAGGGGCCUUUGUACCUCCAGAGUUUGAUCUGACUGGUAACACUAUAGAGGGACAUAUAUAUUCUCUAGGUGCGACACUGAAAGCAGCGAUAGAAUUUGUGGUUGAUCCAGAUUCUGAGACUGAAUUUUGCCAAGAUUUAAAUUCCUUGCUGGAUUCUAUGCAACAGGAAAACCCGGCUGACAGACCAGACAUUGAGAGUAUUAUAUCCCUUUGUGAAGAAAAGAUUAAUUGUUCCUCCUCAUCCGUUUGCCGAAGCCUUUCCUCCAUCGGCAGAAGAGUACUCUCAAUAGAAUCAGUCACUGCUUUCCAAGAUGGCUGGGAAAGUCUCUGGAAGGGCAUGAACGUAAAGGAAAAUUGUAUCAAAGUUGCCCCAGUCGAGAAAGUUCCUAACCGUAUCUCAACCAUACCAGAAAACUGUUCUGUUAGUCUUACCGGCUUCUGCCACAGCUCGGACUCUGUGCAAGAAGAAGAGCACCAGAACCGAUGGCAGGAAACAGACUUCAAACUGGAGAGGCCUUGUUCUUCUCCGAUCUCAUUUGGUCAUCAUCUCAAGAAAAAUAAACGGGAGAGGAGCAAGUCGUCUUCUCCGGAAAAGUUUGAGGGCUUUGAAAGGGUAAAAGUCGAAGAUGAAAUGGCAAAACUCUCUUUAAAAAGACAUAGAAGAAAUAAGCACUCCACUUUGGUUAAUAAUGUUGAAAAACGGUCUCUUUCGCAGUCUCCACCAGGUGUUGGAAUGGUAACCUUAAAAAGUUGGCCAUCUAUACCGAGCUGUCUAUCCCCAAAUGAAUGCAACGAAGACCAAGAUUCAGGAAUUGGACUUAUAACCCAGUCAACUCUCCUUGUGCCAAACCACACAGACUGUUUAUCCCCUCUUGGACAGUCUAAGUGCCAUUCUCAAGUGUCCUAUGAAAAUCUAGUUACGGCUCUUGAACAAGAAAACCAGCAUUUUCUCGGAACAGAGAGAAACGCAAUUUCCAAAAAAUUUACACCGUCUGAAGAUCCUGUUCUGGAGGCAAUCCGGUUAAAUAUAAAACAACACAGUAAAGCGCAUGAGACAUUUGCAUCCAUGUCAGUUUAUCAAGAGGAUGUUUUAUCUAUGUCAAGACACGUGAACAGCCCUGAUCUAGAUCCUGACUUCAGUGACAGACAUGAGUCAAGUGCUGUAAAUGAGGAUCAGCGGUGGGUUUCAUUGAAAGAAGUUUUGCUAAACUACGGAAAGCCCUUACAAGAAGACGAGCUGUGGGCGCUGUGCUAUGAGAGUUUAUGUACGCUACAGACGUAUGUGGAUUAUCCAGCCAUUUUAUGUCUUGACUCUGUGUUCCUUGACCAUUGUGGAGAAGUCCUCUUUGUUACUCACCAGAAUGAAGAGCCCUAUGAUUCGUUUUGCGUACCUCCUGAAUAUGACCCCGAUGGAGAUGGAGCUGGGACAGAAAAGGCUUGUGUUUAUGGCAUUGCAGCCAUUUUAUGGUCAGCGGCCAAGUUCAAUUUCCCGGCUAAUCACAAGCUCACGCUGCCCAAAAAGCUGAAACGGUUCCUUCUGCAGAUGGCAAAAAGGGAUUCUGAGGAAAGGCCAAAUUUAGCAGAAUCUCUGCAGGUCUGCAGGAAAUAUCUGGAGCAAAAGAAUCUAGACAGUAAAGCCAUUUGGUCACGUUUGAUCAGCCUUACGGAUCAGGAUGUUCAGAGCUGCCCAUAUCAUGAAGAGGACAGUCGUGGCAUAUCAGGGUCUUCAGCUGGGUUUGUUCCGGUCACCACCCAUAAUAAACUCAUGGCAGUGAAAGGUCCGGUUCCGUUAAGUGACCUUCCUCCUAAUCUUCCUGCUGCAUUCACUUCUCCAGCCACAUAUUUUAAGCCAAUUGUUCUUAUGCAGAACACAGACAUGAAAAGAAAUCCAAUACCCAGCCCAUCACCGUACCCAAAACCACACGUGAGUACAGAAGACCUAGAACACAUAGAUAAGGACAUUUCUUUGACGGAAAUGGAGAACCAUAUGGCUGAAGAUAAACCAAGCCAGGUUCUUAAAUCUGGCAGCAGCUCCUCAAGAACCAAAGUUUCCUUUAAACCAGACCCCAGUAUUUCAGACUAUUCAUUUGAUGAAAAAGAGAAGAGUCCUUCUGCAGCUUCUUCAGUGUCCUCAAACUCAUCCACCCUUACGAAUAGCCCCAUUAUAAAUAAUUAUUUAUUAAAGCAAGACCCUAAAACUGGGAAUCUGACCCUUGUCCGUGUACAGCUCAGUAUUCCAGAACAUAUACCAAGUGUGUCCUUGGAAGCUGAGCCCGUGUCUCAGACCAUAAAGACUUCCUCAGUGCCCCCUCCGGGGACUAGUGCAGUGAAUAACUUGGCUAAUGAUGACAAUGAGUCCUCUAAAAUUACUCAGGCAGCCUCUUUUGACAAAUGUAAGGAAUCCCAGACCUCAUCCAGUGAGGGGUUACCUACAAUGAAUGGCACACUUGUUAACAGUGGCCAGGAGAAAAAAGACUCUCCCUCCAAUAACCCUUCACAUGAGACAAUGGUGAAUGGAGAUUUGUCACCUAGGAAGAACAUGUGCUCUCCUCUGCAGAAAGUGGUGAACCUGUUACAGGAGGAGUUUGCAUUUGAUGGCUAUUUAGAAAAUGGUGUUGAAGAUAUUGCAAUGGGUGAAUACAUUUUUGCCCUGAAAGGUCUUCAGCACACGACCUUCUGCAGUGCCAUAUGUGAGAAGUUCUGUGACCUCUAUUGGGAUGAACACCUACUCAAAAACCUCUACAAGAUUAUCAAUGGCAAAUCUCCUCCACCCAGCAGAAAAACGGUGGCCGAGUCUUCUCUUCAUAAUAAUCCUGCUCAUCUUUUGAAAAAAAUUCAGAAAAAAACACGGAAAAACAAGAAGCCAGGAAAGCUACUCACCAACGAACAGACCAACAUAUCAGAUGGAGAAGAAGCUUCAGACAGCACCUCGCAUGUGGCUGCAGAUCAGGAGUCACCACCUGAGUCACAAUAUUCUUUGUCACCUGAGGACAUAGAUGCUACAAUACAUACAAAGCUACCAGGCUCGGAGACGCAGGUGGCGGCUGGCAGGGAGAGUCACACUUCAUUUGAUGCGACGGACAUGACUGAUUCUCCAGAACAGACCACUGACAAGGAACAGCAGCCGCAUACCCCUCGGGCGGCACCGGGCAGUGACGAGAACUUUACGUACAGAGCAUUCCCGGACUGUGACAGCCUAUGUGUCAGCCCGGACUUCAGCGAAGAAAAUGAAGAAGUAAAGCAACGUGAAAGCAUGUCUGUCUGCCCGUCUCAGGUGUACAAGUGCAGCUCGGGGUGGUCCAGCGCUUUCUAUGGAGCAGAGAUGUUUGACCCUGAUGUCCAGCACUAUGUUACUAUUCUGGGGCGACAGAAAGAUAAAUGUUCGAAGAACAUAGAGGCCAAGAGGCUGGAACUUGAACAGCAGCUUGUGAUAGAAACCAAAAAUUACAGGAAAACUGUGAAGCUUUACCAGAAUCUAAUGGUGAAGGGGAAGAGGAAUAAAGGUUCUGAUGUAAAAGAAUUGUUACCCAAGCUUAAAGGUCAUUUGGAAGAAAUGAAAUCGAAGGUGCAAUUUCUUGAACUAGCAAAAAAAUUACUUCAGGUUUCUUACGCUGAACAGUGCGGACUGGAGUCACGGGACCUCCCUACAGUUGCUAACCUUGCUAGUCUUACGUCUCUGAACUCCACUGAAAACGAUGUCUUUCUUCUCAUGUAUAAUGAAAAAGGUCACAAGCGAGACAAUACAUCAAAGAACCUCCAAGCCGGGACCCCUCUUGGGUUGCUGGUUCACCUCUACUCCAGAAAUGCAGUUGUGGAUGGCUAUGUUCAGCAGUUCUUCUACGCCUUCCGAUACUUCUGUUCCCAGGAAGAUCUCCUCCAGUUCCUUGUUGACAGGAUUAACAACGCAUUGCCAAGAGAAGAUAUGGACCCUCCUUGUCUGGAUGCCAAAAUCUUUCAUCGGACACUUGUGCUUCUACAAGUCUGGAUUGAAGAAUGCUGGCAGAUUGACUUCUCCAUGAAUCCCGAUCUCCUCGACAAGCUUGAAGACUUGAGUAAUUCCCAGAUUCUUCCAAAAGACGAGCGUGGGGAGUACCUAGUGUCCCUGCUGCAGGAGCUCUCCAGUAAGAAGUACACAAUCUCCUCUCCCACCUUGAGCUCUGAGAAGAGGGACGACACCAAAUCCUUGCACUCCUUGUGCACAAAGUUCUCUGAGGAUAAUGUUUCUAGAAAGAGCUUUAACUGGAGACUCUCUAAAGGUAAUGGACUCAAUAUUCACCAUCACAGGGAUAAACAGUACACAAUAUCUGCAGCUUUGCCCCGGCCUUGCUACCCUGGACUUGUAGAAGACCUGUCCUCGUACUAUAUCAAGGGAGAGGAGUGCGGGACAUACUCUAUACAGGAGCUUAGUGUUCAGCAAAUCGCUACUCAAUUGACUUUACUCCAAGAGGAAAUGUUCCAGAAGUGCCACCCUGUCAACUUUUUGAACUCACGGGCACUAGGAGUUAAAGACAAGUCCAGCAAUAUUCCAAAAACAAGUUCUGUGGAGCCUCUUCCUGUGGACGUUUGCAGCCUCUUCUCCCCUAACUGCACCCAGGACAAGUAUCUGCUACAGAUGUUACGAUUCGCAGACAAUGUUAGUAUGUGGGUGGCAGCUGAGAUUGUUACAUGUCACACAUCCAAGUUACAGACGAGCAUCUUGACAAAAUUUCUCCUUGUUGCCAAAUUAUGCUACGAACAGCGAGACUUUGCAACCGCUGUUCAGAUUCUUGGGGGACUUGAGAACCUUAUAGUGCGGCAGCUGCCGGCUUGGAAAAAUUUACCUACAAAGGUGGCAGAAAUUUUGGAGGAGCUAAAAGCUGUGGAGGUGUUCUUAAAGAGUGACAGCUUGUGUCUGAUGAAAGGAGACAGAUUCAGAACGUUACCCACAAUUCCUUGUGCAUACCUUUUAGCAAUGCACAUUCAGCAGCUCGAGACCGGUGGCUUUACAAUGGCAAAUGGAGCAUUUAAGUGGAAUAAGCUAAGGAAUAUUGCAAAAGUUGUGAGCCAGGUUCAUGCAUUUCAAGAAAUCCCAUACUCCUUCACUCCGGAUCCAGACUUGCAGUUUUACCUCCGCCAACGCAUAUCUCAUUUCAGCGAUGCAGAUAUCUCCGUCCUGGCAGCUGACAACAACGCCAACUUCCAUCAUGUAAGCUCCGAGAAACACGCUCGAAAGAUACAGGAUACACUGCGCAGGAUGAAGGCAACAUUUCAGUGAGAAGCCAUAGACACUACUGUACCUGCACAUUUGUAUCACUUCAAAAGAACCAAAGAGUAAACUAAGAACUGCACAAGGUUCUGGGUGAUGGACGGGCACAAUGGUGGCAGUAGUAGUUAGGGGGGCGCAAACAUUUGCCAAAGGGCUCAUGUAUGUAAGUAAUGUAGGCUCUCUGUUAUGUAAUGUAAUUGGUUGUUGCGCGUUCCUGUUAUUGUACUGGUGACCAUGUCACUAUGUCUUACACAACGAUCCAAGGACAUUUGUAUUCAUUUCUGUUAUUUUUUCUAUACAGCACAUGAUUUUUCAUUAUUAUUAUGAUCAGCCUUAUUUUUGAUGUUCGCUUGAAAAAUAAGGACUGGUGUACAGUGACAUGUAGCACUGUGGGUUGUCUAUGUCCAUAAGCUUUAGAAUAUUUUGACUUCUAGUGACAUGUGGACAAAAUACAAUCCAUAACUAGGCAUAAUAAGCAUAUUACCAACAUACACGAUAAAUUAAAGCUAAUUAGAUAAAAAAAAAUGUUCAAAAUUAAGAUAAUGAUAAAGGAAAGAAAACUUAUCUUUUUUAAGCAUACUUGUUACCCACUUAGAAACCUCUCAAAAUAUGCACAUGCCUACUCCAUUUCAUUAAAGGGCAUAGUAGGAGACUUGAAUUACUGCAGCACUUUACUUCCUUCUUGCUGAUAGAUUAGAUAGGUAGUUUAUAUAAUUUUGAAUAUCUCGAACAAACAUGGAAUGAUCAGAUGUGUGUGUGUGUGUGUGGAGUCCUGGGAUCACAGCAGCCUCUGCGACAUCUCAAGCACAUAGAAUCUAAGAGAACAGGAGGCAUCAAGGGGUAAUGUUUCUCUUUGAGAAAAGCACCAUAAAGAGGUGCCGAGACUUAUAGGAUAUACGUUCUCUAACUAACUCCAGAAGGUGGCAUCAGAGACCUGCUUUACAUAUCCUUCUUUCUAGAACAGGAAUUAAUGUACAUGGAGAACAUUAGCUAGCAAGCUUGUACAGAUAGUGACUGCACUGCUGGUCCACUGUAGCUAUAACACGACAGACAAGGAUAGACAACGAGAGGUAUGCAGCACAAAUGACAGAACUAUGAAAGGAUUAGUACAGUUCUUCUUGUGUGGAUCUACAGGUACUGUAAUGCUUUCACUUUUUCAUAGGUAAACUUCAAAGGUUAACUAAGUUGUUGCGGCUGCAGGAUAUACAUUUAAGGGCAGGGUCACAUUUUUUCUGCAGUUGAUUUUGCUACCCGUUGACCUUAAUGGUAGGAAAAUAUGCAGCAGCAAAUACACAGCAAAGUACAGCACGUGUGACCCUACCCUAAAGCUUUCAGCAGCACCAUUGCCCGCUGCUCCCCAUAGACUUGCAUGGAACUUUCAGCAAUUGCCUAGACCGCUUGCUUUAGCAGUAGGCUACAGAGUUGUCUGAAGUUAAACAUGUA